UGACAGAAUUAAUAAAAAAAUCUCCAUCGCAUUCGUGUUCGUCGCCGUCGUUCAUCUCGUUCGCAUUAAACUAUCUGUGCUGCGGUUGAACUCAAUCAGUAGUGUUCGUUGAAGCAGCAGCAGCAGCAUCAUUGCAUACAGCUAAUCGGUAGCAGCAGAAGGUUAUACGGCGAAGGAGCAACGAUGUCGACGAUGUACAAUAAGACCCUGUCGGCCCACCAGGCCCACAAGGAACACGUUCUGGCAGUUUCGCGUGAUUUCAUCUCCCAGCCACGCUUGAUCUACAAAACCGUGUCCGGUGUAAACGGACCGCUGGUCAUUCUGGAUGAGGUGAAGUUCCCGAAGUUUGCCGAAAUCGUGCAGCUGCGCUUGAGCGAUGGCACCAUCCGCUCCGGUCAGGUGCUGGAAGUGAGCGGCUCGAAGGCCGUCGUCCAGGUGUUCGAAGGUACGUCCGGUAUCGAUGCCAAGAACACGGUGUGCGAGUUCACCGGCGACAUUCUGCGUACGCCCGUGUCGGAGGACAUGUUGGGCCGCGUGUUCAACGGUUCCGGCAAGCCCAUCGACAAGGGCCCGCCAAUUCUGGCCGAAGAUUUCCUCGACAUUCAGGGUCAACCGAUCAACCCGUGGUCGCGUAUCUACCCGGAGGAAAUGAUCCAGACCGGUAUCUCCGCCAUCGAUGUGAUGAACUCGAUCGCCCGUGGUCAGAAGAUUCCGAUCUUCUCGGCUGCCGGUCUGCCGCACAAUGAAAUUGCCGCCCAGAUCUGUCGCCAGGCCGGUCUGGUGAAGCAAACGGGUAAGUCGGUGCUGGACGAGCACGAGGACAACUUCGCCAUCGUGUUCGCCGCCAUGGGUGUGAACAUGGAGACGGCCCGUUUCUUCAAGCAGGACUUCGAGGAGAACGGUUCGAUGGAGAACGUGUGCCUGUUCUUGAACCUGGCCAACGAUCCCACCAUCGAGCGUAUCAUUACGCCGCGUCUGGCACUGACGGCGGCCGAGUUCUUGGCCUACCAGUGCGAGAAGCACGUGCUGGUCAUCCUUACCGACAUGUCGUCGUACGCCGAGGCGCUGCGUGAGGUGUCGGCCGCCCGUGAGGAGGUGCCCGGACGUCGCGGUUUCCCCGGCUACAUGUACACCGAUUUGGCCACCAUCUACGAGCGGGCCGGACGUGUCGAGGGCCGCAACGGUUCGAUCACGCAGAUCCCCAUCCUGACCAUGCCGAACGACGACAUCACCCAUCCGAUUCCGGAUUUGACCGGUUACAUUACCGAGGGCCAGAUCUACGUCGACCGUCAGCUGCACAAUCGGCAGAUCUACCCGCCGGUGAACGUGCUGCCGUCGCUGUCCCGUCUGAUGAAGUCCGCCAUCGGCGAGGGCAUGACGCGCAAGGAUCACUCCGACGUGUCGAACCAGCUGUACGCUUGCUACGCCAUCGGCAAGGACGUGCAGGCCAUGAAGGCCGUCGUCGGCGAGGAGGCGCUCACGCCCGACGAUCUGCUGUACCUGGAGUUCUUGACCAAGUUCGAGAAGAACUUCAUCUCGCAGGGCAACUACGAGAACCGCACCGUGUUCGAGUCGCUCGACAUCGGCUGGCAGCUGCUGCGUAUCUUCCCGAAGGAGAUGCUCAAGCGUAUCCCGGCCUCGAUCCUGGCCGAGUUCUACCCGCGCGACUCGCGCCAUUAAGCGCUCGAUCCCUUCAUCCCUCUCGCGCUCGUUCGCAUUGUCCGUUCGAUACUGACGGUAGAUUGUAGUGCAAUUGUUUGUUUGUUUUUGUCUUUCGGUAUUGGAGGCUGGCAAGAAGGGCCACCUCCACUUUUUAAUCUUAUCGCAAUGAAGCAAAUGGUAGAUGCGUGUGCGUAUGUUUUGUAAAUAGUGGUACUACGAACUGAACAAGACAUAACAUCUAUGAAAUACCACGUUAAUGCAUUCCUUACAAGUCCACACAAUGAAUGGAUCUACCUUUAAUCUAUUUGGUUCCCCCGUUUUAGCACUGUUAAUGGUGGCGCUUUGUCGAAAGGAGCUUCCUCCUUUCUUCACGUGCGAGCUUUGCGUAAGCGUGUGUGUGUGUGUCUGUGUGGCCGAUGGUAGACGUGUUUUGAGUGCCUACUUUCACUAAAUUCACGAUACAAAUACGACACGAGAUAAUACUUUGACUGCCAUGCUAACAACAUCGUACGAUGAUUUCGGAAUAGUUUUGCAGCUGCUGUUUGGCACGAAAAACACUACAUCAUACAGCAACAAUGGCAUACGACCACGGUCCAGCUCGGAGGAUGAUCGUACACGCAUCAGGUACGAGCAUUGCGAUUGCUGCUUCACUAGAAGGAAAAAAAAGAAGGGAAAAACGUAUCCAAACCAAGCCAACAAAGGGAAAAACAACAUCAAACAAAAAACGACGACAAAAAACGACGAAAAAAGCCAAGAGUCGCACGAAAAGCAGCAACCCCAAUGAUCGUACCGUACCGGCCGGUAAGAGCGAUUUGUGAAGAUCGUAAACAGCAUCCGGUCUUCGCGAUCGAACGAUCGAGCCAGCGAAUGCGCGUAUCGCAACGGACAGCUCACCAUCAGAUCAUAACACCGUGAAGGGACUCGUCGCUUCACUUCCGUGGGAUCAUUCGACCGGUCGGGGACCGAUGGGACACGCCCCUCGUUUGACUGUAUGUGCCGCCGGUUACGCUGGAAAGCUAUUUUGAAAUUCAUCGACAGAAAAUGGCAGAAACUGAAGGGUGUGCAAAGUACGGCACGCUCGAAACACGCUCAUCCCCAUCGGCACGUUUAUGAAUCGACAUCCUGGGGGGGUCGGUGUGUGAUCGAGAUAUGAGGCAAAGCACACUACGCACACAGCACGAUCUAUAUUAGCAUUCACACCUACAUAUAUAUUGCUUUAGAGAGCAACAUUAUUCUUGAUUCGUUAGUAAGGUAGGAGGAGCACUCGAAGGAGCCGAGACUCCAAAGGGCUCCAUGUUUAAUCAAACCCAUUCUUUGUUAGUAUCGAUUAAGAGCAUAGCUAAGGCGUUUCCUUUUUACAUAAUUCUUCGUAUAUACAACUUUUUUUUUGUCGUCGUUUGUAAGGAAUGUUUCGUAAAUUAAUUAGUAACUUUGUUUUGUUUCUUCUAUUUUUUUUCUUGCUGCGGCGAGCUCGUUCCAGCGGACACGAUCUGCGCUUCUGUUGCGUUCCGGCGUGCAUCUGUUACUGUUCGCCGGUUGUUCUAAAAAACGGACCGUGAGAGGGGUUUACGUUACUACACCAGCGGGAAGCUGCCGGAAAGCACACACACACACACACACACACACGUACAGACGGUACUCCGUUUCUGGGCUAUAGCCUUCCUUCACCGUCGUCACUCUUGGCUAUGCCAUCUAAUGCCAUCGUACAAAUUUGCAUUCGCAACUAAAUCCCCUUUUAAAUAGACCACGUUUUUGCGAGGGUGACGAUACACGAACAAGGAUGGUUAGGCAAAGGGAUAGAGGUACUCUGAAGAUCAUCAGUCUGUCAGUGUGUGUGUGUGUGUGGGUAUGCAAUUUCGGCAUCUGUACCGUAGUGCACGCUCUAUCAAGCUCUUUUUCACAGGUUCGUUGCUUAUCUUAGGGAACAGUAGCGGGUGAUGCGACCGUUCGCCUCAAGCGGGGAGAAGCGUUUUGCUGGGGAAGAGUUUGGUGUCCGUAUGCUACUAUGUUACUUAUGUUAUACUGUCCAUAAGAUAUAAGGCUCUACCUAAUGCACACAGAAGAUCCGUGUGUACGUUUUACGAUUAUAUUAAAAAAAAACCCGCCCUCGAUGCUCCCGCCCACAUUAGCGGCCCGAGCAGGCUUAAAAUGUGCAGCACUGUCCUUAUUAAUCAUAUACCGCCGAUGGGAAGAUACAGUAGCAUCUUUAGCCUCUGCGCGAGAUGAAUAAAGCACUUGCAAGCGAUGUAGCGAAUUGUUCUACCGCGGAACUGUGUUUCAUGCUACCGGUGCGGAAUAGAACGGUUAACUGGUAGCGUUAAUCUAAACUAUAUUAUUGUUGUAUAAUUACUAAAUACUUCAGAGAACAACAACAACAACACACACACACACAAAACACAACAAAUCUUGAUCAAAUGUAACAAAAUUAAUGUUGCCACAAACAACAAAAGUAACGGAAAACAAUACACACAGCAAAGCGGAAGCGAGCCGAGAUGGAAGGCCGUUGUUGCCGUGUUGCAGAAAGUACAGUGGCAGGUAGUGGGUGGUGUAUUUCAGUGUGCAGAUUAUGUCAUCCUGUAUUAGGUCCAUCGUUGAGAAUGAUAAGAAUAAAGUGUAAAGUCCACAAAAAAAAAAAAAA